GUGGGUUUGUUUGGGUUUAAAGAGCUGGUUAGCGAUCGGAAGGGGAUGCGUAGGAUUAAUAGUCUCAAAUAGAGUUUGUUUACUUAGGUUGCAUUAUCGCAGUUGUAAUCUUAUUUUUUCGGCGAAGAAAUUAUUAAAUGCAAAACGAUUUCAUUUCAAUAUAUAGUUGCAUUUUGUUAAGACAAUUGUUUAUACAAAUACGCUUUUGUAAUUUGUAGUAGGAACUGGGUAGUUAACCUGGUCGGGCAAGCAGAAUUUAAAAAUUUUAAAAGAUUUUUAAAAUAUGUUUUGAGCUGUGCAUCAAAACAUUUUGCGUCCUUGCAAUUUGUUAAGAUAUACAUAAUUAGAAUUGCCAGUUAUCGUCUUGUGAUGCGUGCAGAAAUUGUCAACGAGCUUCAAUACAUUCGUGUAUGCAUAAACGUGUCGCGUUUUUCCUAUUCCCUCUAAUGUGUUUUUUUUAAUCGGAAUGUAUUGCAAAUUGGAAAACUGUGUGAAACAGCAUACCGUUUAUAAAAAGAAAUCAGAAAGGUCUGGAACUGUCAUUCGGUGGCGGUCUUCUACCGUGUACUGAAAGUCGUCUCUUAAAAAAACAGUUGCCUCAAAAUAGACAAAAAUAAAGCCUUGAAAAACACGAACCUGUUAUAAUAAGGAAUUAUAAGGCAGAUAUUGUUUACAUUGCCUUCGGUACCUUCAACUACUUAACGAAUCUCAGACCUGUGUCCUUCACAUCACACUGAAGUAAAGGAUAACGCAUGUCAGUUUGAGUAUUAAUAAGUUCUAUUGCAGUUAUUUUUUUCUAUUUUAAUUUAAAAAAAAUCGUAGUGAAGCAUUUUAAGAUUUUUUUAUUUUAGGGAGGUCUUUUUUCGAAGAAAAUCUUAUACAUUGCUUUAUUUGUAUGGGCAUAUAUAACUGCAAAUAAUCUGCGACUCAACAGUUUUCAGUUUUAAAGAUGUCUUUUACUCAGGGAAUCCAGUGGACUGUGAGAGAGAUCAUCAUCAAUGUGAAGAUUAAUUUGACCUCUGUUGUGCUGGGGGAGAAAUGAAGCUGCUCUGGAGUUUCUUCAAGCACAGUGUACAGACAUGGAGUUCCGGUUUGGCAGCUUGAUUUUCAGCUCCAAAUUUGACUCUGGGAAUUUGGCCAGGGUUGAAAAAGUAGAACAUCCAGAGCUUGAGGGGGACCCGGCUAUUAAUGGGAGCACUUCAUGUGGGGGGCUGGGAGCACCCCUCUCUACUCCCGACUACGAGUUCAAUGUUUGGACUAAGCCAGACUGUGCGGAAACAGAGUUUGAAAAUGGGAACAGGUCCUGGUUCUAUUUCAGUGUUCGGGGUGGAACCCCUGGAAAGCUGAUUAAGAUCAAUGUUAUGAACAUGAAUAAGCAGAGUAAACUGUACUCACAAGGGAUGGCACCUUUUGUCAAGACUAUACCUGUGAAAACUCGAUGGGAAAGAAUCCGUGAUAGACCCACAUUUGAGAUGGUGGAAAACCAGUUUAUCCUGUCAUUUACCCAUCGCUUUCUCGAAGUCCGUGGGGCCACAACCUACUUUGCUUUCUGCUACCCAUUUUCAUAUGGGGAAUGCCAGGACUUUUUGCUUCAACUGGAUCAUAAGUUUGCGAACUCCAUGUACUUGAAUACUAACAGUCCUGCAGAUUCUAUAUAUUACCAUCGUGAGCUGCUUUGCUACUCCUUAGAUGGCUAUCGUGUUGACCUCCUGACUGUCACCUCCUGUCAUGGAAUGAUGGAAGAACGGGAACCAAGGCUUGAAAAGCUGUUUCCUGACAACCGUACCCUUCGCCCUCACAGAUUUAUGGGAAAAAAGGUCUUUUUCCUCAGUAGUCGGGUUCACCCAGGGGAAACACCAUCGAGUUUUGUGUUCAAUGGAUUUCUGAACUUCAUCCUGAAGCAGGAUGACCCCCGGGCCCAGAUGCUAAGGAAAAUGUUUGUUUUCAAGUUGAUCCCAAUGCUCAACCCAGAUGGAGUUGUGAGAGGUCACUACAGAACUGAUUCCAGAGGUGUAAAUCUCAAUCGCCAAUACCUCAAUCCCAGUUUUGAACUCCAUCCCUCUAUUUUUGGUGCCAAAGCAGUUAUACUGUACCAUCACCUGCACAACCGCAUUGGACCAGACUCUCCAGACUGGAGGACAUUUGUGUCUCCUCUGUCAUCCAGCUUGCUAAGCACAAAACCCUCCAAUCAUUCCAGUACCAACUACUUGUUUUCACUGGAGGCCCCUCUGACAGAAAUGGAAAAGUGCAACAACCUCAGAAAUGAGGAGGAGCAUUAUGAGGGGGAUUUCUUUACUUGUGUGGAGAAAUCGGAGCAAUCAGAAAUCCCAAUGCUAACAGAAGAGAACAGGACAGAUACGGCCUCAGAAUGUCUAAAUAAAGGAGAGGCUGAGGGGAAGAUUGAUGGAGAAGGGAUCUGUGGUAGCGAAGAACACUGCGAUGAGAACUAUAUUCUGAAGAUGGCAACGGCUUCUGGUCUCUCUGAACACAUUCCCCCACAAGAGAGUGGCAUAGCUUACUACAUUGACCUACAUGGACACGCGUCCAAACGAGGCUGUUUCAUGUAUGGAAACAGCUUAUCUGAGGAGAAUGAACAGGUGGAAAACCUUCUAUAUCCAAAGCUGAUCUCGAUGAAUUCAGCACACUUUGACUUCAUGGGCUGCAAUUUUUCUGAGAAGAACAUGUAUGCCAAAGACAAGAGAGAUGGGCAAUCGAAAGAAGGAAGUGGGCGUGUAGCAAUUCAUAAAGCCAUAGGGCUGAUCCACAGUUAUACCUUGGAGUGCAAUUACAACACUGGCCGCUCUGUGAACACAAUUCCUCCAGCUUGUCAUGAUAAUGGCAGAGCAACGCCUCCCCCACCCCCUGCUUUCCCUCCCAAAUAUACUAUCGAAGUGUUUGAACAGGUUGGCAGGGCAGUUGCUGUGGCAGCUCUGGACAUGGCUGACUGCAACCCCUGGCCUCGCAUCAUCCUGUCUGAGCACAGCUGUCUCACCAACCUGCGCGCCUGGAUGCUGAAGCAUGUUCGAAACAGCAAAGGCAUGAUCUUCACUUCUAAGAAAAACAGCACAAAGGCUUCUCCUAAGGGAGCCACAGCGGGUCUGACGAGCUCUGCCUCGGAGAACUCCCUUAGUCGGACCAGGAGUAACAGCAAUGGAACAACCAGUGGGAGCAGCAGCAGCCAGCAGAACUCCCCACAGCUCAAGAACUCGCCCAGCUUCACUUUUGGCUGUAGUCAGGGGAUCAGUAGGUCAGCCUGCCCUCCACCCUCCAACUCAAGUCUUCAUAAAACAAAUAACAGGGCUCUGGGACCAGUGAGAGAGUCUAAAGCACAGGAGAAGAGACGCCCACACCACCGGUCAAUGCUAAAAACAGCUGCAAGCAGCCCCACCAGCCACCAGUCCUCCCCAACCCAUCCUUCGCUUUCUCCCUCCUCUUCCUCAGUCUCCCUGGGAUUUUCCAAGAUCACCUCCUCCCCUCAGCAGCAAUCCGGCCUCGGCCCUUGUUCCAUCCCAGCUUCCUUCAGCAUGGCAGGCUACAGCUGUCCUAAUUUUCAUGUUGGCUUGAAAAGUAGUGGCUCUCUAUUAAGGAAUCCCAGGCAGAACAAUCUGCGUAUUCCUGAAGACUCAAGUGAUGGGUGCCUUUCUGUCCAGAAUUCCCUGAAGAAAGGCAAGCUCAGGAACCUGUCGUCCAUGGAAUAUUCUCGAUCUGAACUGCAGCCCAGAUCCAGCAGAAUUCCUGUGAGGAAAGGUGGACUGUGCUCAGUCCAGGGCCUCCUGCGCUCCAACAGUAUGGACCAAGAGCUACCGCUGAGAGUGUGGAAAUUCAUAAAACCAGGAUUCAAAAAACAACUGUCCCUUUCAGAGAGCCAACCAGUGACACUCGGCUCCAGGAUGCUCCUGAAGUCCAGGGCUCAGAGCUCACUGCUGGUUAAAUCCAGUGCUACAAACCAGGAAUUUACUGGAUCCCUAUCUGGAAUGGAUCAGAUACUUGUCUGCAGCAAAGUUCCCUUGUGUAGUGAAGCUUGACUGAACUGAAGAUAUUUGUUAAAAAAUUUAAAGUAUUAUGUUUUUGCAUUUUAUCAUCUCACUUAAUAUUUUCACGUGAAGUAUUCUGCUUUAUUAUUACAAAUUUGUACUAAGUGAAUGGAGAAAUAUGUUUUUUGAGUUGCAUUUUUGUACAACACAAGAUAAAUUGCAACAUAAUUAAAUUGGUACACUAUGCAAUUGAUUUCAUGUGCAGCAGAAGACAGGUUUGCAAAAUGUUCAGCUGUGUUGAAUGGACAGAAAGCACUUAGUCUGAACUGCAGUAAAAAUAAUGACCUUACAUUUUUGCUGAGAUUUAUUUUAGAGAUUGAAUUCAUCCUGAGGAUAUGUAAGUUUUCAGAACUGCAUUUUAUAAAAAUUUAAAAAACAUACAGAUGGGGUUGACAGAAUGCAAAUGCUCAUGUGUCCUUAUCAGUUAGCAAUAUAAGAAUAGAUUUCAUACAAAAUGUUAAGAUAUUAAAUGCAUCUUCUGUUAUGCUACUCAAAUAUAAGAUUUUAUAUGUGACCAAAUACUGUGUUCAGCAUUUUCAAAUACAAGAUUACAGCAUUUAUAAACUGGAUGCUGUGGUAUUUAAGUUUUAACCAUCCAGAAAAAUAAAAGAUUAAUACUGCUAGGAAACAAACACUACUAUUUUUUUCAAAAUGUGGCAUUUUUAUUUUAGUAAUCGUUAUAGUAGGGUGUGAUAGGACUGUCUCAAGAAAAGCUCUCAGAAUAACUAUACAUGGACUCUGUGCACAUUAGUUUUGAGUUGACUAGUACUUUAUUACUGUUAUACAUACCCAUUGUUGAUUUAAACAAAUGUAUAGUCUUUAAAGUGGAAUUAAUUUUGUUUACUGUUAACUUUUCACAAACUGCACUAUUUGUAUAUUUUAAGUCAAAUGUACUGCUGGAUUUUACUUUGUGUAUCGUAUAGACAUAUAAACGAUUUAAAGAAAAUGUUUUUGUUAUACAGUAUGCUGUAAUAUAUAGUGAGCAACAGAAAAAUUGCCGUCUGACUUCAUCUCUGUUUAAUAAAAUACACCUUACUGACCGAGGGAUAGAGGAAAAAGAUGCGAUCCACUAUUACUGUAAGCAGAGACCAUUCAAAUAAUUGUUGCUUGUCAAAAUAGCGUUGUGUGUCUGAACUAAUUUAGGUUUUCCCUAAUGUUUGCAUUCGCCCCUUUGCACUACAUUUUAGUUUUUGUUGUGGACUUUAUCUUCUUUCACUCAAAUAUUCGGUGUUUGUUUAAAAAUGCUCACUUGAACAGAAUGUGUAUACAUCCUCGCCCUGGUUUAAGUAAUCGACACAGUUAACGUACACAAAUUAGACUUUACAUAACCUCCAAUGGUUCACUUUAUAAAAUUUUGUAUGCAGGGGGAGUUAACCUUAGGCGUAGCGCAGUAUGAGUGGAAUGUGGUCUCUACCAGCAUCUGUUUCACACUUUGGACUUAUUUUGCUUUUGCGUACUUUGGGUAAUUUCUGUAUAUUAUCGCAGACUUUUUUAUUGAAAAUUGACAGUAAUCUGUAUUGCAAUUAGUACUGGUCCCUGCGAGUACAAGCGUGGGAUAGUUGUAACUAUAAGUAAUGAAUAUUAAGAAGAGACGGUUAGUUUAGUCCUUUUGUCAUCUUCGUAUAUUUAAAUUAAGAGCGCGGCCUGCUAACUGUUCCUCUGCUCACCCUCCUGACUGAAAGUCUAGCGCUGAGGAACGGGACAUUUGGAAUAACCAUGUCAAAAUCAAGCCUUAUCUACCCCUUACACAGUGAAGUCAAGAAC